AUGCGUGUGGCAAUUGCUGGCUACGGCGACCUGACUCGCUACAUCUGCGAAGAGUUUGUCAAAGCCGGCCAUGUGCUCGUUAUCCUGACCCGAAGCUACAAACCUCAACUCGAGAGCCAAGGAGUGGCUCAGGCUAUUACCGACUAUUCCCCGUCGUCUCUGAGAGCUCCUCUGGCCGAUUGCGAAGUCUUGAUAUCGACAAUUUCAGAUAUUUCGUCGGCCUAUACCAAUGUCCACAGAAACCUCAUCCUGGCCUGCCAAGAGAGCCCCCGGUGCAAGCGCUUCAUUCCCGCCGAGUUUGUAGCCGAUAUCGAGGCGUAUCCAGAUGAGCCCGGCUUCUACUAUGCACCUCACGAGCCGAUACGUGAGAUGCUCCGGGGCCAGACGGAUCUCGAGUGGACAUUGGUUUGCAUCGGCUGGCUCAGUGACUACUUUGUGCCGUCGAAGAAUCGACACAUUAAAGAGAUUGGCGAGUUCCAUCCCAUGAACUGGGCCGGGAACAAGAUUGUAAUCCCGGGGACAGGGAAUGAGCCUGUGGAUUUCACAUGGGCGCGCGAUGUUGUGAGAGGGCUAGUAUCCCUCAUUGAGGCACCGCGCGGUUCAUGGGAGCCGUAUACCUUCAUGUCGGGGGAGCGCAGCUGCUGGAAUAAAGCUACCAGGCUCGCCGUGCAAAAGUAUCGACCUGGUAUUCCGAUACAACAUGUUUCGUUGCAUAGUGUUGCAGGCAUGAUUAAGACGGCGAAGGAUGAGAAUACCGAGGUCCUGGCUGACUAUUACCUGUUGUCUAUCAGCCAAGCAUGCGCAAUUCCCACGGAUAAGGUUGAAGCUCAUAGGGAAAAGUACUUUCCUGGUGUUUCUUUUCGAAGUUUGCGAGACGGACUCUCCCAGGUUGACGAGCAUCCGGACUCGAUACUGUAA